AUGUCUUCUGAACAAGAAUUGAAAAAACUUAACUACAAGCGUGGGGUUAUUAAAAGCAAACUUAAUGCCUUUCAGAAGUUCGUUUCGAAUGUAGCAGCCGAGCCGCAAUUGAGUGAUUUGCAGCUUGCCGAGUUACAGUUAAGAUUUGACAAUACAGAGCCUUUAUACGAUGAAUUUGAUGCAUUACAGACAGACAUCGAGAUUUUGUCUGCGUCUGCAAGCGGAGGGGAUAUCGGAGAGGAGUGGGCUCUCUUCGAGAAGACCUACUUCGCGAGCAUGUCGUCUGCGCAAGUGCUGAUUGAAAAGUAUUCGAGGCGUAAUUUUCCCAUCAAUGAGUCGGAGGUAAGCUCUGCUAAUACCGUUGUCAGGGCACACAAUUCAGACUUCAUGAAAUUACAAAAAAUCAAUUCACUUGAAAUACCGUCAUAUUCAAAUACUGACAUCCCGAGUUCAUGGGAGUCAGAUUCAAUUAAGUCAGAACAAAACGUUUGUGAGGAGCAGCCUUUAAAGACUGAUCCUGACGAGCAAUUCAAACUAUCCAUGCAGUUCAAGGAGUCGCCUGCGGUUCUGGGGCACUCAUUUCAGCGUACUUCAGCUGCGUUUCUUUCAAUAGAGCGUUGCUUAGAAAGCAAUCCAGAUAGGGGAUCCAUCGUUGAUUUGCCAGAAAUGGCAGAGCAAUCUCAUGUUGUCAAUCAACAACCAGAAAACACAUUCACACGGUCUCCUCCGUUUCACGGUGAUGGCAAACUCAUUUGUGUGGGGGGAAGACUGAGCAACUUCAGCUACAAUUAUGAGCCCAGUCAUCCAGUGUUGCUCAGUUUAAUAUUCAAGUUUUAUAACAGCGCGUUCUUGCGUGGUGAUCUGGUCAAGAUAUCCAGCCAAAACAGUACUAUUUCAGCAUCUGUGUGUCUUGCAACGGAAGCAGCGCACCUCUUACUUUAUUCAGAUUUUAAUAAAAAUGCUUAUAUUGCAGCCUUGCGCCGAUUCAUUGCGCAUUCAUUCAUUCAGACAAUAUUGUCUGAUAAUGCAUCAACGUCAUCGCAGGAGAAAUCUUGGACGGCGUUCUGGUUGUCGUGACGGAUAAAACUGCCUUCUCUCGGUCGAGUCAUCCGAGGCAUCCAUGGCAGCGACGGGUCCGCACGCGGAGCACAGCAUAUACAGACGAAGAUAGGAGGCCACCCGACGGGGUAGUCAACAACAUCUCUCCUCUCGCUUGAAGACCAACAAUUGAAGUUCUCAGACUUCAAGGCCGGGAGCAUGUUACGAAACGUUCAAAAAUGCACCCAUUUUUGAUCCUUGUUCGUUGUAACGGAACUAAUUACGGAGUGUAAUAAAAAAUAAUCCUUGUACAUUUUUAUAUAAUUUUAAUUUCAUGUAAACAAAUAAUCUAAUAAUUAAUUAUAUUCAAUUUGCAUAUUUUGUAAUUAAAAUAUUCAAUAAAAUGUAUAAAUUCAAGCAUAAUUCAAAUCUCCAUGUUCAAAUUUAAGUAUGGCAAUUUUGUAUUCAAAAACGUUGACAGUUUACAGAGCUUUCAAAAACUUACGGUUAU